UUUACGUUUAGAAUAAAUUGUAAUUUGUUUGAUAGGUUGUAAUUAAGGGUUAAAAAGUCAAAAUGAAACAUCAAAAAUACAAAGUUUUUACAUUGAUUAAGAUAAAAUGUGAUAAUUUCGAAAAUUAGAGAUAAUUAAAAUAUAAUAUUCAUAUUUCCUCGUGGCUUUAAACUGUAAUUCAAUGGAAGGAGAUUUUUUUAGAAUAAAUAACUUAAAACCAAGACCAACUAGCAGCAGUAAUGGUCUUUGGAUACAAUUUUUACUUCCACUUUCUGUAAUUAUUUCUGUCUUCAAGCACUCAAUUACUACUACACCUACUUACAAAUUAGCUUCAUUAAUAUGUACAGGCAUGAUAUUUGUCUCUUUAAUAAUAUCGAUGCAGAAAUAUAGAAAGCAAAGACUGAAAGUAUUUAGUUUAUGGACCAUAUUAGCUUUAGCAGCCACUUCUGCACUAUUUCAUAUAUGUUUACAUAAAGAUGUGCCAUUUUCAGUAUUUGGAGGAUUUUUCUCAACUGUGCUAUAUUUCCAAAUAUACAAAUUUCUCUUGAAACAUUUUAAAGAAAGCUUUACGCUUGGAGAAGCUGCAAUUAUAUGCCAGGGCCUUACUCUAAUGUUAUAUUUUACAAUAUUAAAUUUUGUCAAUCAUACCACAAGACCCCUUCCAUUUAAAAGUAAUAUUCAAGUAGCAACUUUAAUCAUUCAGCUAGGUCUUCUAGGAAUUCUGGCCAUUGCUGUUUGUUCCUAUUAUUUCAAGAUUAAAAAUACUGUUCCAUUUUAUACUAUUUCAAGUGUUAUAAUUGUCGGUGUUAUUAUAAUCCCACUGCAUAUUCUACUGCAAAGAAGUCCUAUAUUAUGGAUUUUGAAUCAAAUGGUAGAAGACUUGUCUAUGGUUAAACUCAUGCUGUAUUGGUUAUUUUGUACCGGAAUUGCUAUACUUGCAAUUAGCAAUCAGAUAUUUUAUGCCCAAAAAGCUUCAACCAGUACCAGAAAAGUAUUUCAUUUAUUGGCUGUGGUAGUUUACAUUCCGGGCCUAUUGUACAGGUGUUCAUUCUUGUAUUUGGCAAGUGGAGUGGUUUUAGGAAUCUUUUUAGCUUUAGAGAUUUUGCGUCUUCUUCACUUGCCCCCACUAGGCAUCUACCUUCAAGACGGCUUUGUGGUUUUUAGCGACGAGAAAGAUGGAUAUUUAUCAUUGACGCCGAUUUAUCUGCUAGUCGGUAGUUCGCUACCGAUUUGGAUUCAUCCUUCACCUUGUGAUGUUACCGACUCAGCCUCUUUUAAUCUGAUUCCACUGUUAAGCGGAAUAUUAAGCAUUGGAGUAGGAGAUACUGCCGCUAGUGUCGUUGGAUCCACUUAUGGCAAAUUUUUUUGGCCUGGUUCUAAAAAGACCAUCGAAGGGACUGUUGCGUGUAUUUUAUCGCAAAUUGGAAUAUUGUACAUGCUUCUUUAUUUUGGUUUUAUACAAAUCAUCUCAUCCACAGAUGCACUGAGACUAUUUGUGGCGAUAGUAAUCACGUCGGUGGUGGAAGCAAAAACAACCCAAGUAGAUAACUUGGUUUUGCCAUUUAUAAUGUAUAUUAUACUGAUUUAGACUUACAUAUUUAUAUUUAUUUAAAUAUAUUUAUUGUUAUUA